AUGAAUAUUCUGGCCUAUCUUCUCUCGGCGCAUCUGUCCGCGUUGCCAGAAGUCAGCUCUCAUCACAGAACAGCCCGAAUACUCUUUGGUAGCCGAACGACCGAAGAAGGAGACGAGGAAUACCUACAGCGUUUUUCUGACAUCUUGCUUAAUCGAGAAAAGGAUGCAACUUUUGACGCCUUACACAAAAGUCUUCCGUUCAUGUGGAAUAAUGACGAGAAAUAUGAUACCGUAAAUCCGUUCGGCGAUCCCCGACAGCUCCAGUACCACGCCCUCUGGACCUUCGACACCCAAAACGACGUACUGCGCUACACCAGUCGCCACGGCUGUAGCCAGAUACCACUUGCGCUUCUUCGAGAGCGUGUUUGGAGGCACGUUCUUCGAAAUCGUUAUAACUCCAUGACUUUACGCGUACUUGCACGGGCUAUCAUCCGGCUUUCAACGCUUGAUUUCGAAGUUCGCUCCAACACAGGGGGACAUAGCCGGCGGGGUGUUCAUGUAUGGAUUACCAACUUGCCCGCCUGGGAGCCAUUCAACGCCGACGUUGUGCGCGUUGGUAAUGUCUACGUCGUCCUCUGCCAAGCCAUCCAAGAAGGGCUGUCCAUGGCCCAACAACACGUAUCAUCUCAGGACUUUAGCACCACUGAGAGUCCUAGCACGACGGCCUUUGGCGAACCGCAGGCACAUUACAUGAUCCUAUCAGUCAAGCAUAUUAUGCUUUGUCACGCAACUAGUCCGAACUCACUUAUGUAUACUGUUCCAGAGCCCCUGUUCAAUGGCGAUUAUGGCGUUGGACCUCCGUCGGACCUGGCACUAGAUUAUCUCAUCUGGGCCACCGCCUCCGCCAGACCUAGGAUCUUUACACCUCUUCAAUCGCUGCCUAUUGAGGUCCAUGACAUCAUACUGGAUUACGUGUCCGGAGGGACAGUAGUAGCUGCUAAAGUUGGCUGCUUGCUUGGCUUGGGGUCCCCAUUCUUGUGGAAAGAUGGUCCUCUGGAGGUUACAUUGAUGGAAAGAUACAAAAUUCGUCCGACAGGGUCGUCUGUUGAAUCCGAGGUCUGGUUUGGUGAGCAAAAGAGCGGAAUAGUCUAUUUAGCUAGAAGAAGCUAG